CUUUGAACAGUUGCCUUUCCCCUCAACACUACGGAGAUUUCAUUUUGUUUGGGGCUGGAUAGAACCGAAAGCAAGCCAGCUGCCAGAGCAAAAGGUAUGAUGGCUAAAAAGCCCCCGAAACCUGCCCCUCGUAGGAUCUUCCAGGAAAGACUGAAGAUCACUGCUCUACCCCUGUACUUUGAAGGAUUUUUACUAGUCAAACGGUCUGGUGACCAGGAGUACCAACACUAUUGGACAGAGUUGAGAGGGACCACGCUGUUCUUUUACACUGACAAAAAAAGUACAAUCUAUGUUGGCAAGUUAGACAUAAUAGACCUCGUGUGUCUUACCGGACAACAUUCAACUGAAAAGAAUUGUGCGAAAUUCACUCUUGUUUUGCCCAAGGAAGAAGUACAUCUGAAGACCGAAAACACAGAAAGUGGGGAAGAAUGGAGGGGCUUCAUUCUUACAGUAACAGAGUUGUCAGUUCCUCAACACGUGUCGCUUCUACCUGGACAAGUGAUUCGACUGCACGAAGUCUUAGAGAGAGAAAAGAAAAGAAGGACUGAGACGGACCAGCUGCCAAUUUUGCCUGCGGAGAAAGAGAAGGAGCCGGUACAAGACUAUGCGGAUGUAGUGAACCCACUGCCGGAAUGCUUUUAUGCAGUUUCCCGGAAAGAAGCGACUGAGAUGCUGGAAAAGAAUCCUUCUUUGGGAAAUUUGAUCCUGAGGCCUGGCAGUGACAGCAGAAACUACUCCAUCACUAUCCGGCAGGAGAUAGAAAUGCCAAGAAUCAAGCACUUCAAAGUGAUGCGCACUGGAAAGAACUACACCAUCGAGCUGGAAAAACCUGUAACACUCCCAAGCCUUUUCAGCGUCAUUGAUUAUUUUGUGAAGGAGACUCGAGGGAAUUUGAGACCAUUUAUACAUUCAGCUGAUGACAACUUUGGUCAAGAGCCCAACAAAGAAGAGAGGAGGGAGCAGCUUAAGAAAGCUCCACACACUGCAUGAAAUAACAUGACCUCUGCCUUCAUGUAUCUUGGUAUUUAUUUUCAAAAGGAAGACUUUCACUUUUAAAGAAAACAACCUCUAUUUCCCUGAUCUAGUUUCACUCAUUUGGGCACAAGAAUAAAAUGAUGUAGCAUAUAAUUUGAUUAUCAGCAGGAAAGUAAUUUACUUACCACCAGCUCUCUGUAGAGUAACUUGAUACAUGCAUUUCUUUGCAUUAAAUAGAAAAAAAUUACUUUCCAAAGCCAGGUUUCUGUUCCCUCUUGGCUUCAAUUUCACAUAAACAAUUUGCAUUGCAAAUUAUCUAGUUCCCCUAAAUCUUACCAAUCUCCUAAACCCUAACUAGGUUUUUAGUGUACUCUGAUCAGACUAAUCAAAUAUAAGUUGUUGGGCUUUUGUCUAAGCUCCACCCACACCUACCUGGCAAUAGCCAGGUAUGCCCCGCCCCAGAGAUCUGGCCCACUAUAAGAGGGGCUACUUGCUCCUCCUCUCUCUUUUUGCUCUCUGCUCUCCCACACUCUCUCACCUCUCUGCCACUAACUCCCAUCCCCUAUUCUGAAUAAACUCUAUUCUAUACCA